AUGACCAAUCGUCUAAUCACAGAAGGGGCCGAACAAGAGCCACUAAUCUUCUUUACACCAGCCCCAUAUCAUAGGAAUGAUCCGCAAGUAUUCGAGACAAUGCUUAGAAGUUUCCUCAAAAUGACCUCAAAUUAUCGUUUGACUCCAGUUUCCAGGUCUAACUACGCUUCGAGGCCAAUAAACUACAAAAUUGUUGAUCGUACAGAAUAUGCAGUUAAUCGCAGAAUUCUGUCAAAGGUUUUUGAAAGUGAUCUAGUGCUGACGAAAUCGCAAAUGGACGAUGUAAUCGAGGCUUUUCAAGCAAGAAGCCCAAAGAAGAAAAGGAAUGCCGCUAUCAAAGGAGAGAAUUUCAGAUGGCCAAAUGCAACAGUUCCGUAUGAGUUUAAGGAUAACAACAUGUUUUACAAUAUAAAAACAACUCAAUUCAUUCCUCCCCACCGGAUUCGUUGCAUCGCUCUUGCAGCUGAAUGGCAAGGGAUCAUCCGAAAAGGAAUGUAUAAAUGGCAGAAAGAGACUUGUAUUCGUUUUGUGAGAAGGACCACUGAAAAAGACUAUGCAAGCUUCUUCAAAGGAGGAGGGCAUAAGACUUUAGAAGGAUUUUGCAGGUGUUACUCUAAUGUUGGAAGAACUGGAGGACGCCAAUAUGUUUCAAUUGGUUGGGGCUGCGAAGGAGGAGGUAUUGUAGCGCACGAAAUUGGUCAUGCUCUAGGCUUUUGGCAUGAACAAAGUCGUCCAGAUAGAGACGACUUUAUCAACAUAAACGAAGAGAAUAUCAGUAGAGGAACAAAGGGCAAUUUUGAAAAACGCAAUGACAUUAUGGACUCAGAUAUACCAUACGACUUUGGAUCCGUCAUGCACUAUGGCCCACAAGCGUUCACCAACAACUGGAAAUUUGUAACAAUCGAGACAAAGUGUGAGAAGAAGAUCAGUUUGAAAAAACUCGUAGAACCACUGUCGCUAGUGAAAUAUCGCACAAACUCUUUUUCUUGUCUCUUCCCUUCAAGCUGUGAUUAUGAGAAGAACGAUAAUCAAUGGAGAAAAACAGUUGAG